AUGUUGCGGAUUGCAAGGGAGUUGUCUGAAACGGAAACGAGCUCCUUUUCUAUAUUUGAAGACGUCACCUGCGAAAGCCACGAGAAACCGACUUGGCGUCACAUCGAAGUGCAAACGGAGAUUUCAUGCGAUCAUGUGGCGCUUUCUACCGAAGUUUCGAUUUCUUCUGGUGGAGAAGAGGAUUCGAAAGAGUGUCCUGAUCUGGUCUUCUGGCGUGCAGUUGCAACACAACGAGCAAGCGAGCUCGAUAAUAUACGGGAAGAGAUUAGGAAGAGCAGGUUUAUGUGCUGUUUGGUUUAG